ACAAGAAGAUCCUGGAACUCAUGUCCAACAUCAUCCAGCUGCUGACUGGAGAGAAGUGGGACUAUUUAAAAGGAAACAAGGACCAUAACAGGGAAGGGAUGAAGCAGCAGCUCCGCUCUGUGGAUGAUUUCUAUGAAGAUAACAGCACAAUGAAAUCUAAUCUGGGAACAACAUGCUCUAGUAAUGAGCCAAGCAAGACUGAGACUGAAAUGAGUGCCGAUGGAAAUCUCACAAACCCAGCGGAACAGCCCCCACCAACCAAUGAGAUUAAAGAGGAAGCGGCUUCAUGUGAAGGGAACAGCCAAUCAGAUUGCAGGAUUAAACCACUUACAGAACAGAUAAAGGGAACAGAUAAACCUACUCCUAUCAUGGAAUACAGCCUGGAUAACAGCUUGGCAGCUAAUUAUAUAUCAGAUGAUAUUAAAGAGGAAGCGGCUUCAUGUGAAGAGGGAAACCAAUCAGAUUGCAGCAUUAAUCCACUUACAGAACAGAUACAGGGAACAGAUACACCUACUCCUGUCAGGGGGUGCAGCCUGAAUACGUUUUCUGAAAGUAAGAGCAGUGACAAUGAUACAAAUAUCAAUGAAUCCACAUAUACAUCGUGCCAGAGGAAUCCUGCUUUGACUGUCAUAUAUUACUGUACAGAAUGCCACAAAGGCUUCAAUAGAAAAAGCACGCUUGUUAGACAUCAAAAAAUUCACACACGGGAGAAACCAUUUGCCUGCAGUGAAUAUGGAGAAUGUCCAUCACAUCUUAAUGGGGAGAAUCUGUACAUUUGUUCUGAAUGUGGGAAGUGUUUCAGCAAUCUCUCGCACCUUAAUAUACAUCAAAAACAUCACACGGGGGAAAAUCCGUACUAUUGCGCCGAAUGCGGGAAAUAUUUCAGAGAUCGCUCAAAUCUUAUUGCCCAUCAGAGAACUCACACGGGAGAGAAACCAUUUGCCUGUUCCGACUGCGGGAAACGUUUUACAGUUUGCUCCAACCUUUAUGUACAUCAGAGAAUACACACGGGGGAGAAACCGUAUUGUUGCUCUGAAUGUGGCAAAUGUUUUACGCGGCAGUCGAACCUCAUUUUGCAUCAGAGGAUUCACACGGGGGAGAAACCAUUCAAUUGUUCUCAGUGCGGGAAAUGUUUUGCACGGCGUUCUGUUCUCAACGUGCAUCUGAGAGUUCACCAGUAAACUUUUUUUUUUGUAA